AUGAGGGCAGAUUGUGGGAGAUGGGCUAGAUGUUGUCUCGAGUAUCAGCAAUCCAAGGUCACUCGCCACGUCUUAGCUCCAGUUGGGUCGUUUGCCCCUCCAUCAUCCAGGUUUGAACAUGUCCAUUUAGAUUUAAUCAUUAUGCCGCAUUGCGAUGGCAAUCGGUAUUGCUUAACUAUGAUAGAAAGGUUCUCCCGUUGGCCAGAGGUAGUUCCACUCCCAGACCAGGAAACUAUGACAGUGGCUCGAGCAUUUUUCGAUAACUGGAUCGCGCGAUUUGGUGUUCCACUGCGCGUUACCACGGACCAAGGUCGGCAGUUCGAGUCUAACUUAUUCAGACAGCUGAAUCAAAUCGCCGGCACGACUCACAUUCGGACAACGGCGUAUCACCCUGCAGCAAACGGCAUGAUCGAGCGUUUUCACAGGCAACUAAAAGCAGCUAUCCGCUGUCACCAAGACCGAUGGACAGAGAAACUACCAUCAGUUAUGCUGGGCAUUCGUUCAGCUUGGAAGGAAGAUUUGGGCGCUACAACUGCAGAGAUGUUGUACGGUCAACCUUUACGUAUUCCAGGCGAGUUCCUAACGUCACGUGCACCACAGAAUGACGAUUCUGGUGCGGCGACCUUCAUCAAAGAACUCAGAAAACGGUUCCAGCAACUACGUCCAGCAGCUAUAAAUCGACAUGGCGAAAAGAAGAUAUUCGUGUUCGAGGACCUUACUACAGCCAGUCAUGUGUUUGUGCGAUACGACGGACCUAAACAGCCACUUAAACAACCAUAUACAGGACUCUAUCCGGUUAUCAGCAGAGCUGAUAGAUUUUUCACCAUCAACAUGGAUGGUAGAAACACUACAGUCACAAUUGAUCGCCUGAAACCGGCAUACACAAUGUCAAGCGAUAUCGAAGAACCAGAACUGGAUGAACCAGAUGACAAGGUUGUCAUCGCUCUUCAACGACGCGGCCGUCCAAGAGGGCCUGUAAUUCCACCAGAGCUCCCGCCACAACCAGAGCUGCAGCAGCAGCCAGAACUAGUGGAGCCAGACGACGAGGUGAUCAUCGCGUGUCCACGACGUGGACGCCUAAGGAAUCCCGCGGCUCCACCAGAGCAUCAACAUCAUCCAGAAGUCCAACCAGCUCCAGAACUUCCAAUUCCACCCGAAUUUCCAGCACCGCCAGAACCGGAUCCGGGCAUUCCACCCAGGGUCGACAACCCACGGCAGAAAAGGACAGGAAGACCAGUAAGAUUUCCCGACCGUUUCCAGGCUGGAUACUCGUGA